AGUAACGCCUUCUACGAAUGUAAAAGAGGUCUCCUGGAUAUGCGAAGCCGCUUUAGAGGCCGUAAAGGAUACUAAGGAUACACACACUGAUUUUUGAUUGUCCAGAAGAACAUCCAUCCUCCCCCCCGCCCCCCCCCUGUGCUAAAUAUGGCUACCCGACGUUUCUUGGAGUACACCCGCAAUCUUCAUCCGGAUUACUUACGUCGCGUCAAGUUUUUGCGCGACUCGAUUUUCGGCCAAGUGCGCCGUCCGACCUCGAAGAAUUCGCUGCGAGUGGUCAAUAUGUUGGCUCGUCGACCCAUGCAAGACCGACCUGAGCUCGUGCGCUAUUAUCCCGCUCACGAUGAGACGCAAAAGCUGAUGACCCAAUUGCGGGAUUAUGGUCUGUUCCGUAAUCAGCACGAAGACUUCAAGGACGAGAUGGAACGUCUCCGAUUAUUGCGCGGGAAGCCCCGGAAACAAUGGCGACGACCUUGGUUGGAAAAAUGACGCGAUCCUGUAAAUGGCCAUGGACCAAGAGGAGUGAUAAGAACUAGUGGGCAGUGUUGAUUUAUAGUCGGUCCAGGAGUUACGUUCUUACUCACAUUAGUAGCUCGGCCUGAUGAAAUAAAGAUAUUCAGAUCCCA